UCUAAAUUUAUGUCAAGGGGUCAACUAGCCUAACACCUGUAUAAUUAACCCCCUCCAAAAAAAGUUUAAUUUAAAUUUUCGAGAUUAGUCAAUAAAAAACAACCUGUACUCAUGUAUAAGAGCAGUUAUUUGUGAUUCAGUUGACACAUUUGUUCUUGAAAUUUCGGAUAUUAGUGCUUGUCUCUGCUUAUAAAGAAAUGACUUGGAAGGAUUUCCUGUUCGUUCUCAAGUUCAGAGAUAUUUUUCAGGGUAGGGAAAGGGAGGUUGAGCAUGGUAUGCAUACUAUCUGGUCUCAUGGAACCACAGUUGCUAGGACUCACAUGCAUGAUUGGUUUAUCUUGCUUUUACUUCUGUGCGUCGAGAUCAUUUUAAAUAUCAUACACCCAUUCAAUCGCUUUGUUGGGAAGGAUAUGAUGUCGGAUCUUAAGUAUCCAUUGAAAGACAACACGGUGCCAUUAUGGACUGUUCCGAUUUAUGCAGUUUUGUUACCUUUAAUUGUUUUUAGCCUCUUCUAUAUCCUGAGAAGAAGCGUCUAUGAUCUGCACCACAGUAUUUUAGGCCUACUGUCCGCUGUACUUAUAACCGGAGUUCUUACGGAUUCAAUAAAGAAUGCAGUCGGCCGGCCUCGACCUGAUUUCUUCUGGCGCUGCUUUCCUGAUGGCAAAGAAUUGUAUGACCAAUUCGGCAAUGUCGUAUGCCAUGGUAUAACAAAUGAGAUACGGGAAGGACGUAAGAGUUUUCCAAGUGGUCAUGCUUCAUGGUCCUUUGCAGGAUUAGGAUUUCUUUCUUUGUACUUAGCUGGAAAACUUAAAGCAUUCGAUCAGAAGGGAAAUGUGGCAAAAAUUUGUAUUGUUUUGCUUCCUCUUCUUGCUGCAGCUCUUGUUUGUGUCUCUCGGGUGGAUGAUUAUUGGCAUCAUUGGCAGGACGUGUUUGUUGGGGGACUCUUGGGGCUUGUCAUGGCUACCAUAUGUUAUCUUCAAUUCUUCCCACCACCAUAUCACACUAAUGGCUGGGGUCCUUAUGCACAUUUUGAUGUUGUAGGCGAGGCAAGUUCCACUCAAUUUCCGGUAACUCCCGUCGAUGAUAUAGAGAUGCAUGUGACGCAGUCACAAGCUGCAAGGACUUCAGAAUUAUCUGUGACAAUACCUUUGGGACAUAAUUCAGGUUCAAUGCUAAAUGAAGUUGAAGCUGAAAAAAUGUGAAAUGUUUACUCUAUAGUUUAUAUUUAUCCUAACCUGACGAUAUAUAGCUUUGUUCAUAAGGAUGUGUUUGUAAAUUAUCUGUUAAUAACUGAAAUCAUUUAUACUAAAUCAUUUUUUAUUUUUUAAUUA